GCGACGCGCUAGCAUUCGAUAUCAUACCUUCAGUCCGAGUACUUGUUUAAAUACAUAAAAUACUUCUUUAAAUACACAAGAAUGUUAUUUUUACUAUGUUGUCUGCUAGGCGCUUUUGGGGCUCUGGCGGAGAAUAUACAGGGAGAAUGUCCAACUAUCAAAAUACAGGAAAACUUGGAUUAUACUAAGUUUUCAGGUAGCUGGUUCAACGUGGCCAGCUACGCCAGCGACGGACGCUCAAUCUACGACUGCGCCACGCUAGACUUCCAAGAAGACAACCUGGGUUACACCUUGAAGGAGACUUAUGUGGUCGCCGAACUUGGAAACAGGACUCAGAAGUCUUAUCUGGCUAGGGUGGAUCCAACUUUCGACGCUGGGAAUAAGGCGCAGUUCAUUGUUAGUUACGAGAAUGCGGACAAAGUGCUCCAGUUCCCCUUCUUCAUUCUGUCCACUGACUACGACAACUAUGCCAUCGCAUACACCUGCAAGACUUUCAAGAAGAAGCCGAGAACCCAUUACGUUUUCUCCUGGGUUUUAUCAAGAAACAAGCAAAAACUAGAAGGAGAAUCACUCAAGAAAGUGGAAAAUGUCUUGUCAAAAUACGCGGAGCUGGCAGAACACCGACAGUCAUUUGUUUUCAAAGAGUUCUCGGAUGCAGAGUGUCAAUUCGGACAGAAGUUCGAAACAGACUUCUUUACUAGUAAUUUUUGGUAAUUAGGUUGUUCAGAUAGCAUCAAAAGUAGUGGGUCAAAUUACGCUUCGAAGUAUUGUAACAUCUACAAAUUUGAGUGUGUUUAGUAAAAGGUCCCAGUUUGUCGGUUACCAUUACCCCUGGAAUGCCGUUGUCAAAAAUUUGCUACUGAAUUAAUAACCUUCAAUUUGUUAAUUACAGUUUAAAUUGUCUGGGACAGAUC